GUUCGAAUUUAGAAAUUGCUAGUUUCAGUGCAGCGUUCGACGCAAGCGAAUAGCCAAAUAGCAACUUAUACCAUAUAACGCAGCAAGUACCCUCCAUUCUAGUCAUGGCCAGCUCCUGACCCCGCCCCUCGCGGAUAAUGACCUUCGAAUAGCUAGAAAUGCCUCUUCGCUGUCGCCAGUGUUGUUGUUGUUGGGUUAGGUUAAGCAAUAGUUUGUGAUUCCUCCCUUCUUCCUUCUGGCCAGCACAAGUGAUGGUGCCACAGUCCGUCAAGCUGUUCCAGUCCUCGGUGGGCCAAUGGCGACGUGUGGUCAGCGAGGGCAAGUUGCAUCCCAUGGCCAAGGGAGCGCUGACAUACGCAGUCAUGUGGCCUGCGGGCAGCCUGAUCCAGCAGGCGCUAGAAGGUCGUAAACUGCGAGACUACGAUUGGGCCAGGGCAUUACGCUUCAGUUUAUUUGGAGCGCUAUACGUGGCACCCACUCUGUACGGCUGGGUGCGGCUAACCAGCGCCAUGUGGCCACAGACCAAUCUGCGUACGGGCAUCGUUAAGGCUAUCACGGAACAGCUGUCAUAUGGACCUUUUGCCUGCGUAAGCUUCUUCAUGGGCAUGAGCCUACUAGAGCUGAAGACCUUUAGACAGGCUGUGGACGAGACAAAGGAGAAGGCGGCGCCCACCUAUAAGGUCGGCGUAUGCAUCUGGCCAUUCCUGCAGACAAUAAAUUUCUCGCUAGUGCCGGAGCACAACCGCGUUGUGUUCGUAAGCAUUUGCAGCCUAAUGUGGACCAUCUUUCUGGCUUACAUGAAGACGCGCCACGAGGAGCAGUCGGAAACAGCGUCCCUCCCCUGUACAUAAUUUCCAGUGUUGUCAUACUUGUUACCUGUUGUACGUCCCUUAGGCCAAUUGUUGAAUUAGAUAGCAUUAGCGUA